CGGUUGCUUCGGUCUGACAAGUUUUUCUUUUUCUCCUUUCGCAAGCGAUCCUGCGUGCCGCUUUGCGUGGCUGCCAAGCGACGUGACGAAGGUAGCGCGAAGUGACGGAGCGGCAUCUGUGAACUAACUUUUUUCAACGGAGAUCACCGCCGAGUCUUGUUGGACGUCCCAUACGGGAAUGCCGCGUUUGCGGCCGUGACAGCGGCGGCGGAAGCAGGUUUGGCCGUUGCCUCUUUCUUUCUGUUCUUAUCCUUUAUUUUCUCUCUCGCCAACGUCUCUUCGACGCCAUGGUUCGGACCUCGGGGACGGCAGUACUACGAGUCGUGACGUCCCGCGAAAGUUGUCAUUCGCACCUGAUGCGCUCGAUCCGUACCAUAAUUUAAAGAGCGCGUGAGAACGUGUAACGAGAGACGCUAUGUCGUCCACGACCGCCCGUUCGCCCCCGAGCCUGGGGUCGUCGAGCAGCGGAAGCAGCACCCCGCGACCGCUGCUCAUAUCGGACACAAAGGACUUGCGUGCCGUGAUCGGCUGUCAGAUGCUACUCCUGCACGCUCUCCGCAAGCGCCGCCGACGGAUGCUCCUGGACCGCCGCACGUACGCGGUGCAGAGCACGAUGCUCUUGCGCCGCGUCCAGAGACGUCAGUCGAGGAUCCACUUCCUCAUGAGCAUACUGAAGACCGCCUUCUCGGCCGGCCUGGGCCGCGACCUGUGCUUGAACCGAACACCGAACAACUCCAACCACGUCUCGUCCUCGGCAGACUUCGUCGAUGGCUUCGACGAGGACGAAGACGACGUGGAUGACACGUCGCAGGAAGCCAACGACCGUAUGCUGACGCCGGGACUCAUUGGUGACGACGUCUGGCUGAACACGUUCAGAGUCGGGAAGGACCUGUACCAGUUUCUGCUAACCGAGCUCAAGCCCUUCAUGACGAUGGGCCAGGCAGCGAACGGUGGGCUCCCACCGUACGAGCAGCGCGUUGCCAUUGCGCUUUGGCGUCUUGGCAAGGUCUGGGACGACCCGGCGCUGCUGAGGGCCUUCGGAGUGACGGGAGACACUGUGGGCGCCAUCGUGCGGGAGUUCUGCUCGGCGGUCGUUAAGGUCCUGAUGCCCAGAUUUGUGCAGGUGCCCUUUGACGAAGACCUCGACGAUAUCACUGACCAGUUCCGUGAGAAGGCUGGCCUUCCGCAGUGCGCUGGCGCCCUCUGCUUCGCACACAUCCCCAUCCAGCCACCACCAGACGACGACUCCGGAGAGUACACCAACCUGGAAGGCUGGAACUCCAUCGUCGUGCAAGCCGUGGUUGGCGCCGACCGGCGCUUCUGGGACCUCAACAUUGGCUGGCCCGGCAGCACUCAGGUGGCCCAGGUCUUGCGCAGCUCCAGCCUCUGGAAGAAGGGCGAGGAAGCCACACUCUUCGUUAUGCACGACGAGGACAGUCCCUCGGCGGGACGUACCCACAGGGUUCUUGCGGCGGGCACGGGCUACCCUCUCCGCAACUGGAUCGUCACGCCGUUCCUCAACCCGGACGAGCGGCAGCUCCGUUUCAAUCGUGCCCUCUGCGAGGUCCUCUCGGUCGGCGAGGUGGCUUUCAGGCACCUUGAGGCACGCUUCCCGUACCUGCUGCGUCACAAUGGGAGUGGCGUUGACCUGAUGCCAAGCAUCGUGGCUGCGUGCAGCACCCUGCACAACAUGUGCGAGGAGUGGGGCGAUGGAAUUGGCAGUGGCUGGCUCGCCGAGGCUUCGCGUCAUGCACUACCUCAGCCGCAUCCCGGCGCUGAUCCGGCCCGUGACAUGUCGCGGUGCCUUGAGGCAGAAGCCAUUCGGACGGCCCUGUUUGCAACUGUAGUUAAGUAAGGUUUGAUGUUUUCGCCAAGUGUCUUCCUUUCA